UUGGCUGAUAAAGAUCAAAGCUGUACAUGAAGAAAAGCGUCCACCAAUUGGCUGAGCGAUUGUUCCUCGGUGAUUGGCUGAGGGAUGAAGAAUGUCGGCGUGGACUGGCCGACUCAGCUCGCUCUGCGAUUGGCUCCUUCCCCCUGCCCGCCCCUCAGGUUUGGGCUCGCCCUGCCCCGAGCGGAGUUUCAAGGGGAUUCUCGGGCUGUGAUUGGCUGCGUGCGCUAGUGCGCGCCGUAGCCGUAGCCAAUCGCAGACGGGAAUUUCCAGUGCCGCCAGGGCAGCUGUUACCCGAUUGGUUGGAGACGCCCGUGCUUUAACUUUGAAAUUUACCCGCUUUCACUUCCUGCCUUCGGGACUAUCAUGGCGAGGACUCUGACCCGCUCGGCGCAGAGGCGCAGGAAGAGGAGGUUCUGCAGGCAGUCCUGGGCGCUGAAGCACCCCAAACAGCAGGAGCCGCCGCCGCCGCCGCCCGCCGCCCCGUCCGGCCCACGCCCGGCGGAGCCGAGGACCAGCGAGUGCCCGGUGAGGCGGCUGGGCCUGGGCAGGGGCCUGGGAGCGGUGCUGCUGGCCGUGGGCGCCGUGUGCCACAGGUGGAGGAGCAGGCUGGCGCAGGCCUGCGCCCUGCUGCAGGACACCCUGUUCCCCUGGCGACGGUAUGCGCGGGAGCUGCACGCCCUGCGUCUGCAGGUGGAGGGGCUGCGGGAGGAGAUGAGCCACUGGGGCAGCACCCCACAGCAGGCUGGUGAGAAGGCGGACGUGUGCUCCUGUCAGCGGCCUGCCUGCUGCCCUCCUGCCCUGCUGCCCCCCGCCCUGCCUGCGCCUCCUCCACCCCCACCGCCCCCCCCUCUGCCCCCAGCUGCGCCCCCCCAGAAACCCCUCCACAUCCUCAGGAAGGAUGUGCCGCCCAAGCCUCCCCAGCAGCUGCCCGUGGUGAAGCAGGAGGUGCCCGCGGCCGUGACCCUGAGGGACCUGCGGGCCGUGAAGCUCAGGAAAGUGAGCCUCCCGGUGGAUGCGAAGAAGGUUGUCUCUCCCGGGCGCCAGCGUGUCCCUCUGGUCACAGUGGCCGACCUGCAGAAGGUCAGCCUGAGGCGCUCUCACUCCGACCAGCCGCUCAAGCUCCGCAUCUCUCUGACCAGGAGCCCCACCAAAAGCCCCCUCAAUCUGCGCCGACAGCUGAAGAAGGUCGACAUCGAGAGGAGUCCUGGGGGCACUCCGCUGUACGACAAGGAAAACCGGGAGACGGGCACUGGCCUCACCCCCAUCAUGACGCAGGCGCUGCGCCGCAAGUUUCAGAUUGCUCACCCAAGAAGCCCAUCGCCAAAAUUCAGGGCUCCUUUAAACAAAAGCUUUGAUGAUCAAAGCUGAACGUUUCCUUUUAUUUGUGGUUCCUUUCUUUUAAGGAGAUCUAUGGUUUGCUAGAAAAUGCUAAGCCAGUUAAACAGACGCAAUCCUGUUAUAUAGCAGUUUGGUCCGUUCCAGGUUUUUCAAGAACAUGUGCUCAACCUUGCCAGACUGUUGCACUGAGUGACCUUACGUUUUCUGGUUCAACAGUGCAUGUUAACUAGAGACGGCAAUGGACUGCAAAACCUGGAACGGAUCAAACUGCUAUGCCAUGGGAGUUUUGUACGUUUUGCUAGCAGCCAUGGCUUGUAAGAGCUUUUUGACUGCUGCUGACAAAAGAGGUGGGAUGCCAUCUGUGCACUUUGUGUUUUAUAUGAUGUUUCUCUUAUCUGCUUUUAAUGUAACCUGGAGGUGCGGCGCUACAGUCCUGGAGUGACAGUCGGGCAGGUCUUACAGGUGCCUGUACAGCUGACUCACCUCAGGAGCUGGCAGGAGGUCUUGACUGAGCCCAAACAAGCCAGUCACUGUCUUUUACAGCGAGUUCAGGAGGAGUGAAGACCUGCAGACAAUGGUUCUCCAGGACUGGACCUGUGCCAUCCCGAUGCAAAGUGUUUUUAAUUCCUGCUUUUACAAAGGAGAACUCUGUAGGCGCUGGAGUCUCUGUAUGGGGCUCCGCGGUUGGGAACUGAAGCGGGAACGCUUUCCAAACAGUCCAAAUAUUGUACAUCUGUCCACUACAUACUCGCAGAAGAUCCUUGACCUUUGCGGUCUGGACGGGCGCCAGCUGUAUUCUUUUUAGGGUUCAGGGUUCAGAGGAGGAUUAGGGUCAGGGAGGGAUUAACUAGCAUCUGUCCAAUCAAUGGCUGCCUAGUGUAUAGGGGAGUCAGUUCUUGGCUAAUUGUGCUGUUUACCAAGUUCUCAACGUGAAGAGUUUACUUAACCUAUAGAACUAAGAUUUUAAAGGGCUUUAUUUGCACACCCUGUGUUAUUUUACAAUCUGAGCAGGGACCUGUAUGUCUUUUAUAUAUAUUUCUGUGUAAGUGAGUAAAACGUGCACAACGGUUACUUGACUUAAAGGAAACUUUCCAGCUGUUACUUUACGCAGCUUUGCAGAGUAUUGGCGUGUAUCGGAAAUGUUUUUCUAAUUUUAUUCUUUUGUUAAGGGUUUAUUUGGUGUGUGUAAGAUUUUUACAUGGCUGUCUUUGUGAAUUUACCAGAAUUAAGGUUAACUACUUAACUAUGUUAAGAAUGCAUGUGAGACAUUUACUGUUACAUUGAACACUGAUAAUAAGCAAACUUG